UCUAUAAAAGUUCAAAACAACACUCAAUAUAUUCUGAUUUUCAUAUACAAAAAUGCUACUUCGAAGCUCUUCAAGUCAAUUACUGAAGCAUUCAUGGUCAUCUCCACACUCAUCCCCAGAACCAGAUUUCAUAUUUCACGUACCAAAACAGUUCUCAAGAUCAACAUCAUCACUCUCAAUAUCAUCACAAGAUUCAGUAGUACGUAAAUUGUCCCGAGCUUUCUCUGAAACUGAUCUUAAAGAGCUCAAAAAUCUGUCAUAUUCUUCCACCAACUGUUGCAUGGCCAUGCAUAGCGUAUUUCCUAUCACAGUUGAUGGAGAAACAGAUGAAGAGGAGAAAGAGGAGAUAGAGGUGACCGAUAAAUUGACAUUGUUUUCGAGUUAUGGGUUGAGAACGGCAGAAGGGUGCGAAAUUGAGGACGAGAAACACAUGAGGGCGGUGGAGCUGGUGGUUGACGGAAGCGGAGGCGGAGGAGCUGGUGGUGGAAAGAUAUGUGGUGGCGGAGGUGGUAAUUAUGAUGGUGGAAAUGGUGAUGAUGGUUCUGAGCUCUGGGAUUCAUCAAAUCAUGGGAGUGAUAGUACUGAUUUGUAUUACACAAAAAUGAUUCAAGCUAAUCCUGGGAAUUCACUGCUUCUCGGAAAUUAUGCAAGAUUCUUGAAAGAGGUGCGUGGGAAUUUGGUAAAAGCAGAAGAAUAUUGUGGGAGAGCAAUAUUGGCAAAUCCAAGUGAUGGAAAUAUACUUUCACUCUAUGCUGAUUUAAUUUGGAGAACCCAUAAAGAUGCACCCCGUGCUCAGAACUACUUUGAGAAAGCUGUUAAAGCUUCCCCUGACGAUUGUUAUGUAUUGGCCUCCUAUGCGCACUUUCUUUGGGAUGCAGAGGAUGAAGAGGAAGAAAAAGAAGAAGAGUGACAAAACAUGAGCGGCAUUAACUUAUCACAAUUUACAACCUAGUUUUUCUUCAUAUAACUCACUGCCUCUUAAGUUUGAUUUCUAUUUAUAUUAAAGUAAAAAUAUAAUUAACCCUCUAAAUUUUUUGUUUUCUGUACCUUUCACCCUUUUGGGUUGUUAUGCUUUCUAACCUUUCAUUUCCCUCGACUACAGAGCAUUUUGACGGGUUCAGUUUUUGCACUUUUUUGGCUUAAUUUUGUAAUUAUUCUUGUAAUUAAGAACGAGAUAAAGAUAUGUUUAUGGAAAUAGUCUGAGUUCUUUCUGGUU